GAGCCGGGUGGACACAGGUACCGCAGCCAGGCCGCGCCGCGCCGACUCAGGGCCUGGCCCGGUCAGACAGGGAAGCUCAGCCCCCGCACGCCAGACAGCGGUACUCCUGCUGGCGUCACCGCAAACAUCCUCUGACCGCUGCAGCCUGUGUGUGGCGCAGUCGUCACGUCCCCGCCCUUGCCACGCCUGGAGCCCUGGAAGCUGGCUGCGGGGCGCUGGCUUCCCGCGUGCGGCCAUAUAACCCCGUCCCUGAUUUAGGGGAGCAAUUUGGGGUGUCCGCAGCACAGACCCAGGUUUUGAAACAUGAAUCCUACAUUCAUCCUCGCUGCCUUUUGCCUGGGAAUUGCCUCAGCUACUCUAACAUUUAAUCACAGUUUAGAGGCACAGUGGACCAAGUGGAAGGCGAUGCACAACAGAUUAUAUGGCAUGAAUGAAGAAGGAUGGAGGAGAGCAGUGUGGGAGAAGAACAUGAAGAUGAUUGAACUGCACAAUCAGGAAUACAGGGAAGGGAAACACAGCUUCACAGUGGCCAUGAACACCUUUGGAGACAUGACCAGUGAAGAAUUCAGGCAGGUGAUGAAUGGCUUUCAAAACCGUAAGCCCAGGAAGGGGAAAGUGUUCCAGGAACCUCUGUUUUAUGAGGCCCCCAGAUCUGUGGAUUGGAGAGAGAAAGGCUACGUGACUCCUGUGAAGAAUCAGGGUCAGUGUGGUUCUUGUUGGGCUUUUAGCGCUACUGGUGCUCUUGAAGGACAGAUGUUCCGGAAAACUGGGAAGCUUGUCUCACUGAGUGAGCAGAAUCUGGUAGACUGCUCUGGGCCUCAAGGCAAUGAGGGCUGCAAUGGUGGCCUAAUGGAUUAUGCCUUCCAGUAUGUUGCCGACAAUGGAGGCCUAGACUCUGAGGAAUCCUAUCCAUAUGAGGCAACAGAAGAAUCCUGUAAGUAUAAUCCCGAGUAUUCUGUUGCUAAUGACACCGGCUUUGUGGACAUCCCUAAGCAGGAGAAGGCCCUGAUGAAGGCAGUUGCAACUGUGGGGCCCAUUUCUGUUGCUAUUGAUGCAGGUCAUGAGUCCUUCAUGUUCUAUAAAGAAGGCAUUUAUUUUGAGCCAGACUGUAGCAGUGAAGACAUGGAUCAUGGUGUGCUGGUGGUUGGCUAUGGAUUUGAAAGCACAGAAUCAGACAACAGUAAAUAUUGGCUGGUGAAGAACAGCUGGGGUGAAGAAUGGGGCAUGGGUGGCUACAUAAAGAUGGCCAAAGACCGGAGAAACCAUUGUGGAAUUGCCUCAGCAGCCAGCUACCCCACUGUGUGAGCUGGUGGACAGUGAUGAGGAAGGACUUGACUGGGGAUGGCGCAUGCAUGGGAGGAAUUCAUCUUCAGUCUACCAGCCCCUGCUGUGUCGGAUACACACUCGAAUCAUUGAAGAUCCAAGUGUGAUUUGAAUUCUGUGAUAUUUUCACACUGGUAAAUGUUACCUCUAUUUUAACUACUGCUAUAAAUAGGUUUAUAUCAUUGAUUCACUUACUGACUUUGCAUUUUUGUUUUUAAAAGGAUGUAUAAAUUUUUACCUGUUUAAAUAAAAUUUAAUUUCAAAUGUA